CGCUGGACUGUGUGGAAGUUUCCCUGCAAGUUGAGAAAGGCUAGAGGACAGCAGCAGCGGGUGGAGCGGCACAAGUCACCAGAGAUAAAGAAGAUACAGGAAAACUAAACCUGGGAUUGAAGUAUAAAUUAAUCGAAGUCUCCUUACAAUUACAUCCCGAGCUCUUCUGGUUUCUGUGGGGUUGCUUCGCUGAAGUUUAGCCGUUAACGGCAGGCUGGAACUAUUGAUGGACCUUUGAACUGGAAAAUACGUCACUGACUGAGCCUAGACUGCUCCCCCACUAUCUCCCCUCCAUCUGACACCCAGACAGCCUCUAUGCUCAUCAACCUGACUGUGGCCAUCAAGGAGUCUCGUGCCUUUCAUGGAACACAGCCUGCCCUCCCCGCCGUUGCCCCUGACUCUGUGGAAGUGACAGCCAUGGAGUCGCGCCCAGUGCUAGUCGCUCCUCCACCGCCUCCCCUAGCACCUCCACCACCUCCACCCCCUCCUCCGCCACCCCCACCUCCACCGACUUCCUCCUCGCCUUUUAGCCGGACCGACAGUGCCCGUCGGAGCCGGCUGAGGAAGCUGAACUGGGAGCGCAUCCCCAAAGAGAAGGUGGAGGGGAGGAAGAGUGUGUGGAGCGGGGCAGCCCCGGGAGAGGACGAGUUCCCCAUAGACCUCCAUUCACUGGAUGAACUGUUUGGACAGAAGGACAGUAAGCCUCAGGACAGAACCAGCACCCUGAGACGGCGGUCUGCUCUGCUGCGCUGCAGGUCCCCCCAGGACAGCACGGAAGAGAUUUCCCUGUUGGACUCCAAACGCAGUAUGAACAUUGGAAUAUUUCUACGCCAGUUCAAGAUGCCAGCUAAGGAGAUAGUUGAGGAUAUCAGGCGUGGUGCUGGAGACCGUUACGGAGCAGAGAAGCUCACAGAACUCUGCAAAUUGCUGCCUGACACUGAGGAGGAGUCCCGCCUGAGGAGGUUCAGUGGGGAGCGGAGCUGGCUGGGAGAGCCGGAUCUUUUCCUGCUGCUGUUGGUGGAAGUCCCCAGUUUUCGGCUGCGUUUGGAUGCCAUGAUCCUGCAACAAGAGUUUGACCCUGCUGUGACCUCUCUGUGUGUGGCAGCCAGAUGUCUGAGGGAGGCGGCCAGAGAACUGCUGAGCUGUCCUGAGUUACACUCCAUCCUUCGUUUGGUGCUGAAAGCAGGAAACUACAUGAACGCUGGUGGAUAUUCGGGGAAUGCCGCUGGAUUUCGAAUUUCAUCGCUGCUCAAACUGGCUGACACCAAAGCCAACAAGCCGGGCAUGAACCUGCUGCAUUUUGUAGCAAUGGAAGCUGUGAAAAAGGACCAGAGUUUACUGUCAUUUCCCAGCCAAAUAGGCCAUGUUGGCUCCGCCUCCAGGUUGUCUGAGGAGUCUGUGCUAGAGGAUUUAUCAAAGUUAAAAAGCAGAGUGGUGGCACUUAGCGCAAACAUCCAGACUGAGACGGAGAUUCAGCAGCAUACACAACCUUUCCUAGAGGUGGCUGAGGAGCGUCUGAAGGAGGCAGAGGAUGAGGUAGAGGGAAUGAGGAUGUCUAGUCAGGCUCUGGUGGAGUUCUUCUGUGAAGAUGACAGCACAUUCAAACUGGAGGAGGCUUGCAGGGUCUUCAAUUCGUUUUGCCUUCGCUUCCAAAGAGCUGUCCAGGAGAAUGCAGAGCGAGAGCUGAAGGAGCAGAAACGUCUGGCGCGUCAACGUGAGAUAGGGGAAAAGCGCCGAUCUCUGGCGGUUUGUACGGGGCUGGAUGUCAGCCUCACCAGAGAGCCCCAGAGUCAGGAGAACCAAGAUGAGCUGGAGAAACUGCUGGAGAAGAACUUGAGCUACACUUGGAGUCGACGUAGCCUGAGAAGCUCUGAGUCCCGCAGACACUCCCAUCACCCCCACAAUGACUUAUCCACGCUUAAGAGCUUCCCUGAGCUGGGCAGCAGCCCCACAUCCACUAGUUAUCACUCCAACAGCUCCUCUGACCAUGAGACCACCGCUGGGCUUUGCAGCUCCCCAGACACUGACGGAGCGUGUUCCCCAAUUGACCAAGAACCUGUUCUGCUUAGAGGGAGCAGGUCUCGGGCAGCUGACCGGAGCAUGGAAGCAGUGCUGGACUCGCACAUUGCCAUAUUUAAUCAGCAUGAACGCGGCUUCUCGAUCAAGCAGCACGGGCCUGAAAGCAUUUCUUAUGUGCUGCAAAAACAAUCGAAAGCAGGACUUAAAAAAGAAGCUGAGAUAUCACAUGAAAACAUGGUAUUGAUGACCACUGAAUCUUUACCCAGUCCCUCUACAAAUGCUGCUGCUAUCCCCACUGAUAAAUCUGCCCUUUGUGUUAAACACCAGACCCCCACUCACAGGCAUAGGUUUGGCCUGCCAGUGACAGACAGUACUCGCCCUGUUCAGAGUAAAUCUAAUGGCUCUGGUGUGGAUGAGUCUGCACCUCCCUCUCUUCAUUCAAUACUUUCUCACAGUGACAACAGGUCUGGGUCGUUAAGGUACCAGAGAUCUGACAGCCAAUCACAAUCAUCUGUAAAAGCUCCAGAGAAGGUCCAGUCACAACCACAGGUGAGAGAGACGUCCACUGCGAAUACAAGUGCUACGAUGCAUUCGACUGAUGCAGGUUUAACAAAGCACACUGAUGCGGAAGUGGCAGCCACACCUCUGGAGGAGAACUGGAGGCCCUCCAGUUUACCUGAGUUCAGCCAAUCACAGCCAGAGGAGUACUCCGACCUGCCGAGUCUUGAGAGGGACACGGCAAAGCCUUACUCACGUGUGGGUGAAACACUGGAGUGCCACACCCUGGUGAAAGGUCUUCGAUCAUAUGAUGCCUUGUCACCCCCAACCUCCCCACUCCCACGACCCGCACCGAGCCUCUGCUCCAAGUGGAGGAAAGAGAGGGAGGGUGACCUCCGAGUGGGGACGACUCCAGGGUCUCCUACAUCAAAGGAGGAGACUCGAACCGUGAAGGUCCCUGUGCGUAGUGGAAUAGGGGCCAAAAGGGGACUUGUGUCACGUGCGGGACCUUCCAAUAGUACAGGCAUUCCCAGGGUGCGCUCCAAAACUGAGCCUUCAAACGGAGCUCCAACCCCCGCUAACCCAGUCACUCCGAGCCGGCUGUCUAGUCCUCGAAGCGUAUCCAUGCGCACGUCUCCUGUCCCACGGCCUGCUGCUGUUCAGGCAGAGGUGAAACGCAGUAACAGCACACGGGAGAGGACUGUCAGUGAGACACAGAGUGCAGGGAAGCCCACCUUAACCCGCAGGACCUCAGACAGGUCCGUAGCAGAGAAGGUCUCAGGCAGCACCCAGCAGGCCUUCGUCAGAGGAGCUCCUCUUCGUGUUUCGAAAAGACUCGCCCCACACUCUGAGACUCAGGUACCAUCCCAGCCUCGCACCACCCACAGCCCCUCCUCCUCCACGGCAAAGACCAUACGCACGGCUGUCAUAUCUGCUGCCCAAAAUAAAACUGCCAAGACAACAAGCACAAGCACCACAAGCUCUAAAAUCCCAACAGCUUCACGGAUACCUGGUCCUAAAAUGCCUCGCGCUGCUGCAGCUCCACCACUGUGGAGGUGAUGGAAGUUAUUAAGUGCUUAUACUGCAUAGUCUUUUCACACGUUUUAUGCCUUUAUGGAUUUCAGUCUAAUGUAAACUGUGGGUAUUCAUGAAGAGUGAGAGUCAUCAUUCAGAUUUCUUGUCUUCAUCAGCUCUACAUUGUCUAAAUUCAACUUUUAUGAAAUGUCUAUGUAGUUGUGAGUGCUUAGGUUCUAUAUAUGUGAGAGGGAGCUGCACUGGGAGCAUAGGGGACAAUUAAAUUAAUGUGCUUUACCCAAUAGCAGAAUAAAUCCUACCUCUUUUUACACCCAUUUUGGGUCCUUUGCAGGCAAUAGGACACCACAAGACCACCCAUCUUACAGAAACUUCAUUCAUAGAACAGAAAAGCAGUAAUAAAACAAAAAUUUUAAUUUGGGAAACUGUUUCAAUCACCGUAGCGUUGAAAGAAGUACCAGUAGUUUUGUCCACAUGUUUUGAAUACUGUGACUCGCUAAGUGAUCAUAGUGUUCUCACACUUGGCUGUCUUACAGUGUGAAUUGAACUCGGUACAACAUUGAACUGUUUAUCCUCCCGUUGAGAGGCCUCAUUGUUCUGAUGCACUUUACAAACUGAAAAAGAGGCCGCGAGGAGAUGAUUACUGUAAUUUUUGUCAUUUUUAUUUUGUAUCAAAAGAUUCUAUAAAUUUAUUGAAUAGCAUUGGUUGUUAUGCACUGUAUUAUGUGGAUUUAUUAAAAAAAAAAGAAAAGAUGAAUAAAGAUGGUG